AAUUAAAAUAUAGCACAAUGAAGGUCUUCUGCUUUUUUCAUGCAGUUCUACAGAAGGUAAUAAAAUGUUCUACAGAAAAAAACCCCAGAAAGCUCUUCUGUCCUGAUUAAAGGAGCUAAUGGUUUUUCCACAAGUCUUUUGUUCCAGGAAGCGUAAAAUAAGAAUAGAAUGCAAAACAGCAAUAAAAAAAAAUCUUAGGCAGCACAUUUUUCCCAUCAGACCAACAUAGAGUCCAGUUGUAAAUUGCUCAGUUCCUGUUUUGUAUAUGCUUCCCUCACCACGGCAACUGAGCCAUCACCUGACGGAUGCUGGUUGGGGACUGCGGACGGUCUCAGUUGGCCAACAUCCCCUGACUAUAAACUGACAUUCUGCACCAUAAACACUUUCCUCUGCUGCAACAGCUCUGCAGAGAAACAGGGAACACUCCUAAUGACAGCAUGGGCUGAAUGGCAACAAGUGAGACUUCAACACUGCUGUUUGUCCUCCAUGACAGAACCUGAAGAUGACGGGCCAGGUGCCAGAGAGAGACCGGUCGCCCCACAACCUGUCAGUGAAGACAACUUUGGAGGACGAGCUCGAGAGGGCUGAAAGUAAACUCAGCAGGGUGCCAUCGGUCUGCGAUGACACGUCAUCAGAGCUACAACGAGUUGCCGCUCUUGACCCUGACGGACGCAGUUCGGCGAAUUCCUUUCAGAGGAAUGGGGCCAUUUCAAGACUGGUGAAACUGGUGGUGAGGCUGAGGGAAUGGGCACACAGGAGCCUGGUGGAGGAGGAGGAGCGGCCAGACUCCUUCUUGGAACGCUUUCGCGGCCCUGAGCUGAGAAUAGCCCCCAGUCGCAACAGCAUCACCCAACCAGAUGCCAAUGGAAACAAUGCCAAAGGGAUCUUAAGGAAGAGGUGGGAAUUGUUCGUUGUCUCACCAUCUGAUGACGCCUACUACCGUUGGCUGUUUGUCAUUGCUAUUGCUGUCCUCUACAAUUGGUUCCUUGUGAUUGCAAGGGCAUGCUUUGACAAACUGCAGGUGAGCAUUUACAUCUGCUGGCUGGUGCUGGAUUACAUCUCUGAUGCUGUGUACAUACUGGACAGUUUUGUGCGUCUACGGACAGGUUUUCUGGAACAAGGCCUCCUGGUGAAGGACCACACCAAGCUAAGAGACAGCUACAUCCGAACGUUACAGUUCAAGCUGGACGUGGUGUCCAUCCUGCCCACUGAUCUAGUCUACAUUUACACUGGCAUCCACACUCCUCAGCUCCGAUUCAAUCGCCUGCUGCGCUUCCCUCGCAUGUUUGAAUUCUUUGACCGGACAGAAACACGCACCAACUACCCCAACAUCUUCCGGAUCUGCAACUUGGUGCUAUACAUCCUGGUCAUCAUUCACUGGAAUGCCUGCAUCUACUACGCUAUAUCCAAGUCUUUGGGGUUUGGUUCAGACACAUGGGUCUUUCCAAACAUCUCUCAACCGGAGUACUCGUCCUUAACAAGGAGCUAUGUCUACUGUUUGUACUGGUCGACCCUCACUCUUACCACCAUUGGAGAAAUGCCUGCACCUGUGCAAGAUGAGGAGUACUUGUUUGUGGUCUUCGACUUCCUUGUUGGAGUGCUGAUCUUUGCAACAAUUGUGGGAAAUGUAGGCUCCAUGAUAGCUAACAUGAACGCCACCCGGGCCGAGUUUCAGGCUCGAAUCGACGCCAUCAAACACUACAUGCACUUCCGCAAGGUCAGCAGAGAACUGGAGACGCGCGUCAUCAAGUGGUUCGACUACCUGUGGACCAACCAAAAAGCCGUAGACGAGCAGGAGGUGCUGAAGAACCUACCCAACAAACUGCGCGCUGAGAUUGCCAUCAACGUACACCUUGAGACGCUAAAGAAAGUACGCAUUUUUCAAGACUGUGAGGCCGGACUGCUCGUGGAACUUGUGCUCAAACUACGUCCGCAGGUUUUUAGUCCAGGAGACUACAUCUGCAGGAAAGGAGACAUUGGUAAGGAGAUGUAUAUCAUUAAAGAGGGGAAGCUGGCAGUAGUAGCUGACGAUGGGGUCACGCAGUAUGCUCUCCUCACUGCUGGAAGCUGCUUUGGGGAGAUCAGCAUUUUGAACAUAAGGGGUAGUAAAAUGGGGAAUCGCCGCACAGCCAACAUCCGAAGCUUGGGAUACUCUGACCUCUUCUGCCUCUCCAAGGACGACCUAAUGGAGGCAGUGACCGAGUAUCCAGAUGCUAAAACAGUGCUAGAGGACAGGGGUAGGGAGAUUCUUAAGAAGGAAGGGCUUCUUGACGAGAAUGCGGAGAAGGGUGGGCUACAGAAGGAGGACACGGAGGAGAAGGUGGAGAGACUGGAGUCCUCUCUGGACACCCUACAGACUCGUUUUGCCCGUCUGCUGACUGAGUACACAGACACUCAGCAGCGGCUAAAGCAGCGAAUCACUCUGCUGGAGCGGCACCUGAACCAAACUGACUGCGGCGCAGAGGCAAACAAUGACAUGGAUGCCAGCACACAAAUGGCAAAUGGAAGUGACCCCGGUGGUUUUGGCAGUACAAAUGGGUCACCACAUAAAAACGAUGUUCAGACUCAGGACAGAAACAGCCAAACAGUACAACACUGACACUGUCAACAUCAGACUUCAGCCAUUCAUUCAUCCACUCACUGGAGGAAUCAUGGAGGAUGGAGCCUGUCUCUAGGGGUCAAUGGCUCGAAGGCGGAGUACGUCCUGGAUAGGUCACCAGUCCAUCACAGGGCACCAUAGAGACACAUCGGGGAAAUAGCCAUGCAUGUACACCCAGCAGGGUAAUCUAAAGUGGCCAAUUAAGCUAAAAUGCAUGUUUCUGUUCUGCUGGAGGCGGCCGGAACAUCUUCACACACCAUUGCCCUUUUUCUGUUUUCUUGCAGUUUAUAAGUUAAAGAAAUAUCUGCAUUUCAAUCAACAUGAAAACAAAAUACACAACACCAGAACCCAGCUAACUUUGAGUUAUUGUAUAAAUGAACAGCCAAGAGCUGAAUUCAAAGGUUGACUUCAAGUUUCUAACCUGUUCAAGCAAAAUAAAUGUUUCAGAGUAUAUAAACAAGUACAAGAUACUCUGGGAUUACUUUAUAUCUUCCUUUGGAUCACCUGUGAAUAUCAUGUUUGUUUGCAUCAACAGAGACAUUCAGUUCCCUCUACAUGUCAUCUAUUAUGCUUUGGUACUCUUCAAAUGAGCUCCUGCUGCUUCUCCAGGGAUCCAAAGGUCUAAGGAGAUAGUGCAUGGUGAUUAGUUGUCACACACAAACAAUUUGUUUCCAGUGCCCCCUUUCUAAGGUGCUAUAUAGCAUUCAGCUUUUUCACAUUUACAAUUACAAAAUGCCCUUUUAAAGGACAUUUACGCCACAGACCAAUAAAAACACAUAAAAGUGUACUUUUAUUCACCCCUCUUUACCCUGAUACCCCAAAAUAAGUACUAGUGACUUUAGAAGUUAACCAAAUAGUAAAUAAAAUCCACGUGUAUAAAUGUACCCUUUCAACUGGGAAACAGGGUGGGGGAAGGGUUAUGCUGUGGAGAUACUAAUCUUUUAUCGCUCAGAGUUGGGGCCCUGGAUUUAAAUAUUUAAAAAAUUGUAAUUUCUUGCAAAUUUACGAAGUUAAUCUAUCGCAUAAAACUCCAAUAAAAUACAUUGACGUUUGGGACUGUAACAUAUAAAAAAGGUUUAUUAAUACCUUUGUGAUGCUCUGUAAAUCUGUAUCAAUGUUUUUGACUGUUUCCUAAAUGUUACAUUUACAAAGUUUGUGCCAUGAAAACUUUUUGCUGAAAAAAACAGACUUCCUUUUUUUUUUAAAAAAAGAAAUGAAUCUCUCUUUUUUUUUUUAAAAAAGAGAGAGAUAGAUUCAUCUUCAGACACUCAAUAUUGAUUAUUUGCAAAAGCUUUAUGUUCUGCCUUCUAACCCAACAAAAAUGAGCAAGGUCCUGUCCAUUUAUUUGAGGAAAGUUACACUUUGAAGUAAAAGGCCGGGGAUUUUCCAGUUUUUCAGCCUUUGCAUUCCUGGACACACAUGAACAGUGUUGAUAAGAGGAGCUGGAACAAUGCCUCACAGCAGCAGAGCUGAAGAGAGCUGGUAACAAUAAAAAGGCAGGAGCUGUCGAAUUCAUAUCCUGCCAGAAAGGCACUGAUUAUAUCAAGCAUCUUGAACCAAUCUUCACGCAGCUACAGAAUGGUAAAAAAAAAAAAAGGUUUCUAAAUUCUUAAAUAUUUGCAUCAUAGGCAACCAAUCAAUAGACAUUUAAGAUGAAGAACUAUGAUGAUAAUAACAAUGCAGAGCAAUGUGCAAAGGAUUUUUUUGUUCAUUGUUUGCUUUCCUUGUGUGUAUCUCCACCACUGUUCAACAUUUGUUGUUUUUAUGAAUAAACUUUAAAAGGUUCUUUUUUUUGCAUUAAGGUUGUCGAGAUGCUGCACUUCUUUGAAGGGUUCGACGUGACGUUUCAGAGGAAAGUAAAUAAUGUUUUUAUUCAGCUCCACAGCAACCUAGGAGGGGUCAGGACGAAAUUAAAAAUAAACAAUCCGUUCUUUCUGUUUAGUAAAGCUGUUAACGUCAUUGCAACAGCCUGUAGCCUGCAUGUUUUUGUGAAUUACCAGAUUUGUUCUGGAUUUUUCCGGCUUGUUUUAAUUACAUUUAUUUUGUAAGGCUGUGUUUUUGGUUUUAUAGCACAGACUGCCUUUCGCACAUAUUUUAAUAAACAAUUUGUCCCAAUUUACUACCAUUUCAUAUCUAUUUCUACAUUAAAAUACUCAAAUUUCUCUUUAAUUGAGGUGGUUCGCCCAGGGCGCCAAACAGGCUAAGACCGUAACUGGUGAGGAGAACUGCAAGUGUCCUUUCAUCAAUUUGUGUUAAAGUUGCUGCAGCAACAACUGCAGUAAUUCUAAAAUUACACAAUUCAAUUUUUAAUCAGCAUCUUUCUAGAAAAAAAAGCGACAUUUAAUAUCGUUAGGACCAAACUCCGGCAGAUUAAAUGUUACAAUUAUUUUUGACUCAACCAAGAGGUGUUUUAAAUGCAAAACUUUAAUAUUACUUUCAGUCAGAAGAAAAAUGUU